AAGUGGUAUCUGCUUUUCUGACUCAAAUUUUUGAAGAAAAAAAUUAUAUUCCUGCCCUCUUUGCCUGAAGACUGGAUGAAGUAAUCUGCCUCUAAGUAGUUACUCCAGGCCUUUGACCUCCAGUCAGUAGAAAUACCUCUAGUCAAUACUAACCUUAAAUCUCUGGAAGGGAGCCAGGUUUGAAACAUGCUCCUGUGCAUAGUAUUUCCUGUUCACCAGAUAUGCACCCUGUUUAGCACACAGAAUUUUUGGAUCACUUUUCAGUCUUUUAAGUCUCCUGACAUGUUAAAUUGGAUACAAGGAUGCAUGACACAGACUGUAAACUAGAUAUCUGAAUAUUUUCUGCAGAAGUCCUUUGCUGGAUCUUGGUCUUGAUCCUGUGAUUCACUGGAGAGCUUCUACAGAAAAACAAAAAGACUUUUCUGACAGUGAUGUGAUACUGUUUUCACUUGCACUGAUGUCGUAGGUGAACAGUGAGUAAAACCUAGUACGGGCUGGUUAGGCACAUCUCUUGCAGCAUCAUAGAAUCAUCAAGGUUGGAAGAGACCUUCGAGAUCAUCCAGUCCAACCAUCCACUGGCACCUGUAAAACCACCCAUCAUACAGUAGUUUUCAACUUUCUGAUCUGCAAAACCCUGAAGGCUCCCUUCUGUGUAGAACAAAUUCAAUCCUACCAAGAGCAACCUAUUUCCCAUAGCUGCUCUUCUCAAGCCUGUAGUUCUCCAUUGCUUUCUGGGGUCUGAGAGCAGCAAGUUAGCAGUGGCUGUGCUGUGGAAGAUAGACCACUGUGAUCAGUGUAAUUGUGAGUGAAGUAUUUCUGUUGCAAUUGUUAAAUUGUUGCUUUGCUCAUUUAGCUUUGCAGGAGCUGAAAGCAAAUCUAAGUGUCUGUCUGACUAGAUUAUGGAGAGUUAAGAAAGCAUCUUUUACCUGUGUUGUCUGCCAAUCUUUAACUCUUUUCAAUGAACAGAUCUGGUCUUAAUUGUAUGAUGUUGUACCCUAGUACAACAGAUUCUUGGGGCUUCGUGUGGGCUGUAUCUGCUGUCAGUGCUGCUGCAUCCAAUACCUUCUUAAUAGCAGAAAGUACUAAACCUUGUGUGUAGCCUUGUGAGUGUUUCUAGUGUUCUAGCUGUGUCCAAAACUGGUUACUUAUUCCAACUUCUCUCUGAACUUGUUGAUGAUCCCUGACAGUGUUUUCUCUGUCCUCAUGAGAUUAAAUAAUUUUGUGAGCCUUUGCUGACAGAAACAUUUUGGAAACUCCAACAGGUAAUUUCUUCUGGGGUUCUUUUAGGAGUUACAUGCUGGCUAGAUACAAAUAUAUUAAUGGAGGUUGUUCUUUGUAAAAAACAAUUUAUCUCUUUACUCAUUAGUCUCCCCUGACUCUGCCUUAAAACUCUUUUGGUCACUUUUUUGUUCCAUUGUUUGAAUUAAGACUUAAUAGGUUCUGAAUUUUAUUGUACUAUUUUUAGGAUUUCCCCUACUGCACCAAAUAAACUCCUUCCAAAUUCCUGACAGAGUAAUCAUCUUAAUGACCAAAAUGGCCACAUGUCAAGUAGGAACAUAGUUGCUUCAUCUUGGUACAGAUAUUUUGAUCUGAUAAUAUCAGGGCUAUCAGUUUCUUACUGCAUGUCUUCUCUUUCUUACAGUGCUUUAUAUUUUUGUUUCAUGUGUUUAGUCUUCCAACUUGAUGUGUUGCUACUUUACAUCUUCCUGGUGAGGGGAAGAGAAGAAGACACUGAUCUUUCUGGUGACAGUGACAGGACCCAAAGGAAUGACAUGAAGCUGUCUCUACGGAGGGUUAGGUUGGAUAUUAGGAGAAGGUUUACCCAGAGAGUGGUUGAAUACUGGAACAGGCUCCCCAGGGAGUGGUCACAGCACCAAGCCUGACAGUUUGAGAAGUGUUUGGACAACGCUAUCAGGCACAUGUUGUGAUUCUUGGGGCUAUCCUGUGUUGGGCUUCGAUGAUCCUUGUAGGUCCCUUCCAACUUGGGAUACUCUGUGAUACUUUCCUAUUUCAUAGCUUAUAUGUUUGCAUUUCUGGCUUUUGAGCAGUACUCAUUCAGCAUUUCCAUGGUAUUGGCCAUCCUUGUAGUAGGUGUUUUUGCUUGCUUUCCCGUUCAGCUUCAUGUGUAAAGGUACCCAUGUUUUCUGAGUUGUGAACUGAUAUUGGUAGUGCUGAUUGUGAGGAAUCUUUAAUAUUCAAUUUAGGCUUGCUUCUCAUCCAAAGAUCUAUGAUUUAGCAUGUGGGUGCUAGUUUUUACUGUGAUGUUUUGACUUCAUAAUUAUACUGUGAGAGUUUCAGCUGUUGUUUUCCAGGUGAGUGUUCCCACCUGCUUCUGUGUCCUCAUUCCUUCUUCAGAUCCCAGCCACUGCUUUCUCACCCAGAGGAGGUACAGAGGGAUCUCAGCGCAGCAAGAGAGGCAAUAAUGAAUCAAACGGACAAAAAUCAACAGGAAGUCCCAUCCUACCUUCAUGAUGAACCACCAGAAGGUUCACUAAAAGACCACCCACAGCAGCAGCCUGGGGUGCUUUCUCGUGUGACUGGUGGCCUCUUCAGUGUCACAAAGGGAGCUGUUGGUGCCACAAUUGGGGGUGUUGCUUGGAUUGGAGGGAAGAGCUUGGAAAUUACCAAAACAGCGGUCACAUCUGUGCCUUCAGUGGGAGUGGGUCUAGUCAAAGGAAGUGUUUCUGCUGUAGCUGGAGGCGUUACAGCUGUAGGAUCUGCUGUUGCAAGUAAAGUGCCUUUAACAGGAAAGAAAAAAGAUAAAUCUGACUAAAACCAAAACUGAGACGUACUCAAUUCUCCAGAAUAUUACAUCAGUGGCAUUAAAAUCUGCUAAGAUUGGGACCAUGAGAAGCCAUGUGUCUUAGACACUUUAUCUUCCAACAAGUUGUGCAAGUAACUUGAUUUCAUCUGAAAAGGACAGAAGAAGCUUGGUUAGCACAGCGUAAGAAGAUUUAUUAGAGCCUAGAUUGAAGCUUUGUAUCUGGUGAAAUGUUACACUUGAUAACUAUAGAAGUGAGUAAGUGUAUCUGAAGGAAUAAUACAUAUUUGAAUAUUCAUUUACUGUAAGUCUUCUGCAGUUUUGGACUAAAAUGUGAACACAGAAACCUGGUCAUCUCUGCUGUACCAUUGAUACAAUGAGAUGCCAAUUCCUGUUCUCAGUGGUUUCCACAUGCUCCUGCUAAGGAUCCUUCAGCUGUGUAAAGGCAUUGUUGGAUAUACCCAAACAAUCUUGGUUAUGAACCUGUAUUUUUAAGCAGCCUGUAAACUAUCCCUGACAGCAUUCUGCCAGUGCAGACUGGAGCAAACAGAACUGAAGGUGUGCAGAAAUCUGAAAUGAGUGGGAGAUAGAAGUGAAAAAGAUUGACAACAUGGUAGAAGAGAUCACAAAGAGUAAACUAACUUAAUGCCUUAUUAGAAAAAAUAUCUUUACUAGGUGAAGCUGUGUAAAGAACUGAUCUGUCAUUUCAGUGCAGUUCACAGGAUGAGCUUUAGACUCUUUACAAAUCCUGAUAUCUGAAGCUUUUUGUCAGUUUUUACUGAAAAUAUUAUUGCUCCAUCUCAGGUGUAUUUAAUGAUAUUCAUCUAUCUCCUGCAAGUGAAAACUUGCUUCUAAUAAACUUUUUAUAAACACUAGAAAAAAAAGAUGGCUUAAUGGAAACUGGGCUGAUGUUUGUGGCUAUCUAGCACAACUGUCUUACUUGCUGGAAAUUCCUUUGUAUAGUUGGAAACCACUGAAGAAUUAGCAAAGCUGUUGUCUCAACUCCAUGAUGUGCCAGGUUGGCUUCUUGCUCUGUUCAAGCAAAUGCAAGGAAUUUUUCACUACAUCUCUUUCUCAUACUUUACAUUUUGAUUUUUGAGUAAAAUGUAAUACUUUUAUUUAAAACAAACCAAAAAAGGUAGAUGAGGCCUUAAAAAAAAAAAAAGAGAAAGAAACAUCAUUCCAGUAAUUUGUAUACUGACAGAUUCCAAAUAUUGACACACCUCAAAUGGGAACAUCUGUAGGUCCUCUGCAACGUGUGAGGUAAAAUGCACUUGUAAAGACACAGCUUGAGGUUGCCUUAAAAUAGAAGCUGUUGAUGAUCUUUUAUUUGUGUACUGACUUUGCAAAUAAGUAACCUCUUUAGAAGCCCAUAGAAGGCGUCUGUUCGUGUCGUGUAUGCAGUAUUUUCUACAAACUUGUGUUCCUAUGGAGAACUUGUAAGCUUACUUUUCCAGUGUCUGUGGUUGUACUAGAAGGAUAUAUGGGGAGACUUUUUAAAAAUGAAAAAAAAAAAGAAACAUAUCGCUCAUCUAAAACUUAGUCCUCUGUUCGUGGUUGUUGAAUGUACACUAUGUCUAAAUUAUGGUACAGUAGUCACCCAAUCUCUCUGAGCCAUUGGUACUUCAGCUGCACUCUGUAACUAACAACUUUAUUUUAUAUCAGUAACUGUGUGUGUUGGAAGCAUGAUACUCAUAAGCAUGGGAACUUGGGGUGCUGGGAAGAGCAUCUGCCCCUUCUGUUAGAGGUACCAGCUGCUUAGUUCUGAUCUGCUGCAAGGGUGUAAUAAGGUAAGUUUAUGCAACAACCUGAAGACUUCAACUGGUUUUUAUAGUCAAAACCUAAUUGCAUAGAGUGGAGUAUGGUUUAAGUGUACCAGUUAGCUCUAGAAAUGAGCUAGCCUGCAAGGCAGUCUAACUGUGCCAUAUAAUUUAGUAUGGUCUACUCCUCUGCAGUUUCCAAUGUAGCCAUAUCCUCAGAGUGCUGCCACUGAACUCGUAAGAGUCACCGUGGUAUUUGUGACACCAAACUAAACCCUUCCUGAUAGUUUUCUGAAAACAUGAAUGUUGAACUGAUCAUACCCAUUUUUUUAAAUUAUAUUCUUUAAUUGUUAAACUAUGAAACUUGCAGCAAAACAAGUGUGGUCUGAGAUAAACAAUGUUAGAUCUGUGAAGAGCUGCCAACACUUCAUUAUGUGUUGUUCGUAACAUAUCCUGUAGCUAUUGCUUCUGAGUCUUGUAACUGAAACACUUUUACAUGGCAUAUGGUUUUAGUUUUCAAAGAGCUUUGUCCUAUAUCCUGUGUAUUUUCCAUUCACUUACGAAAUUUGCUUGAUCUUAAGAACUUGGCCCGAUUCUGUCCUGGCACUUGUGAAACAUUAAAUUGUUGCUGUUUCAGACA